UCCUCGCCGCCACCCCCCUCCCACCACACCCCAGGUAACCCUAGUUCCCAAAUCCUUCUUGGAUCCAGCCAGCCAUGGCGGGAUCUUUGAUGUCCGGCUCCUUCGACCCCCCCGCCGACGAUCCCGCUGGCGCCAACCCCUCCCGCUACCCCUUGCGGGUCCUCCUCGACAGCACAGCCUACUUCGCCAACCGCGACAACGCCACCACCGUGAAGGGCACGACGAGCGCGGGCCACGAAUUCAAGGUGACCUUCUGCCUCGCUGACCCGCCUGCCGUCUCUUACUUCUGCGUCCACUUUACCGGAGUCAGCAUACAAGAGCUUUGCACCACGGAGCCCCGCGUCGUCUCCUCCACCUAUGACCUCGCCCUCCUCUGCUUCCCCAUCAGAACCGCCCUCGAGUACUUUGUCUACAAGGCUGCAUCCGGCGGCAAGAGCAUCAUCCAAAGGGUCCCUCCUUAUCCAGCAUACAAGCACCAGUGGCUCUCGGCAGUCGUGCCACGCGAGGGCGACAAUUUCUUGGUCGCUGAUCUUUCCCCGGGUGGGGACUCUGGGCACUACAUCCUGCAUAUCUUCUCGUCGGAGACGAAAGAGUGGAGCACAAAACACCUACAGCUGCAGGCGCCCUCUGAUGUCCUGUCACGGGACCUGCCAAGCCAAACCGACAAGGUGAUCUCUCUCGGAGUAAGCACUGUUGGAUGGGUCGAUCUCUGGCGCGGCAUCGUUGUGUGUGAUGUGCUCCAGAAGGAUCCUGUUCUCCGAUUCCUCCCGCUGCCCAAGGCCAAUUUGCACUCUGAAAGCCAAUCAUCAAUGCGGGAUGUCACCGGCUUCCCCAAUGGUUUCAUCAACUUCAUUGAGAUCGAAAAUUGUUUCAGAUGGGGUAAGUUUAUCCAGCUGAGGAGUUUCAAGACUACUGCGUUUCUUGACUUCCUAGAUACCAUCCUUGAUACCGAGCUCCUCCAGCAUCAUGAAAUGGACUCUCUGUAUAAUGAAAUUAAAACUGUACCUGAUGGCUGGAAGAUCCGAACAUGCUUUAGGAGCAUUUAUUGGGACCAUUGGAGAAAGGGGCACACUGUCCAUGUUGAUGACAUAACAGCCGACCCACAUCAUGCUAUGAUGCUACCUCACUUGUGGGAUAGUAGAACUCAUACAUGCAGAUUGAAUAGACUGAAGACUACACCAGGCUACCCGACCUUCAGCAUUUAUGGUAUUGAUUUUGUCUACCUCAUGUCUGAAGUGGGUGAUAACAAGAAGCCAUGGAUGCUUGGUGUAGAUAUUGAAAAGAAGUCUCUGGAUGUUAUCAAACCAUAUUGUGCCUCCAGAGCCCCUUGUUCCGAUCAGACCUUCAAGAACACCUUCAUUUCCUGUGCAUUCUCUGCAUUUCUGAAUGCUGCUCCAAGUCCAAGGCCAUAUGAUGAGGAAGGUUCAGCAGAGUCUGCUCACAGAGGUGCAAUGGAUGAUCAUCUUCCGUCGGGCAAUACUGUUCCAAAAGAUGUGCAAACCCAGCAAAACACGUCGAAUGGGGAUGACUCUGGCAAGUAUCAUCCGCCAACCCCACUCCAGCCAUCCAGUUUGACACAAACUGGGCAGCCCUCGUCAUCUUCAACUUCAUUAGAUGACUUCCGAAGGAUGCCUUAUCUAUGCCUCCAUUGCCAGGCCAACCUCCCUUUGGCUGACCAGUACACAAUAGCCGACAAUAGCCGUUUGCGCCGUGAAUGACUUAGACGGCUGUCCUUGACCAUGGCCAACAGCACCACAGGAAGCCAUUUUCAUCUCUUGCAAAUCGUGGGCAGGUGGAAUAUCAUGGUUGAUGUCCUGGAGUGUCAACAAAGUGCAUGCUCUUGCAUCUCGAUGCUGUGCAGCCAUGUCCACAUACUGCUACCACCGUCUGUUGUCAUAUCAUGGAUGAUGCUUUAAAACAUUUGAAUGGAUACUUCAAUGUAUAUAGGUGAUGUUAUGGACCUUAUUUGCCUUGUGGGUGUUUGGUUGCUCCAACGUCA